AUGUCUAGUGUCCGUGAUAACAAAUGUGCCAAGUGUGGUGUAUCAUUCUCAAAUGGUUAUAUUAAUAUCCAGCAGCAUAUUGAAGCCGAACACUAUUUUAAAUGCAAAUAUUGUGAUAAAUCGUUUAUAAAUGUGAAAGAAAUCGAGUCUCACGAUAAAACCGAACAUUCAAAAAUCAAGUGUCUACAUUGUGCUGCAUAUUACCAAUCAAACGAGCAACUGCAGCUGCAUAUUAAAGCCAAACAUUGCAUUAAAUGCCCAUUUUGUGAUGAAUCAUUUAUAUCCAUUGAGGAUGCAACUUUUCACGAUGGAUAUACACAUCUAACAGUGCAGUGUCAACAUUGCGAUAGUUACUUCAGGUCAGUUAAAGAGUUAGAUCAGCAUAUUAAAGUCAAACAUUGUUUCCAAUGCCCGGGUUGUAGUGAAACGUUUAAUUCCAUUGAGGUCAGAAAUUUUCACGACAAAAGUGUACAUCUGACGGUUGCGUGUCCACAUUGUGAUACAUUAUUUAGAAAAGAUGAGCAUCUACAGCAGCAUAUUGAAGACCAACAUAAAUUUGUAUGCCGAUGGUGUAAAAAACCAUUUAAAUCUUCAGAAGAAGAAAAGUUUCACCAAGGAUGUAUAUAUGUAACAUUUAGAUGUGUUCGAUGUACUUUGGAUUUUCCAACAGAUAAGCAGCUUUCAGUGAUAGCGAUGGAUAGGAAAAAGACGGCGCAUAUUUGGAAGUUUUUCACACCCCAAGACCAAGCUAACGCCAUGUGUAAUAUAUGUAAGCAAGUACUUAGUUAUAAAACAUCAACCACCAAUUUAAAAAGACAUUUUGAAAGAAAGCAUCCUUUAGUAAAAUUAUCACCAGAUCUAACUUUAAGAACCAGUGUUUUAUCGAGACCGGUACAAAUAGCUACUACCACCCAAGUUAAUCCUAUUCAACCAGGUAACUCUGAACCAUCCAUAUCUUUAUGUACGAGUAUAUCUUCUUCGGCAGGUCAUAGUCAGGAGUCAAAUGUCAGAAGCAAAAUUCAGACUUCAAUUCCGUAUACCACUAAAUUAAUAAAUAUUCAUUCGAAGAAAAAGUUUGACAAUGCCCUAAUGAGAUUGUUUACAAUAGAUUUGCAACCAUUUAGUUUAGUUGAAGAUACGGGCUUUAGACAUUUUGUAAAUACUUUAAAUCCAGCAUACCAACUGCCAAGUAGAAAAUACGUUACAAACACUUUAUUACCAGCAUUAUAUGAAGAAAAACUCCACAAUGUACGGGACAUGGUAAAAACUGUAAGCUCCGUAACUAUUACUACUGAUUGUUGGACAUCGAUAAAUACUGAGAGUUUUAUGGCUACCACUAUUCAUUUUGUGACCAAAGAGUUUGAGCCAAAAUCUAUUUUACUUGAAUGUAGCUCAUUUCACGAAGCUCACACUAGCGUUAAUUUGGCUUCUGAAUUGAAUCGGAUUACAACUGAGUGGGGUUUAGAAAAUAAAAUUUUGAUAGCGAUUUCUGAUAACGCUGCCAAUAUCAAAAAAGCUAUUAGAGAAGAAUUGAAAUGGCCACAUUUUGGAUGCUACGCGUAUACCAUUAAUCUUAUUGUGAAGGAUGGCCUUGAGGAAGCAGAGCCUACUAUCAACAAAGUUUGGUUACUAGUAGCACAUUUCAAACGCAGUACAUUGGCUAUGCUGAAACUGAACGAAAUACAGAACCAAUCGGGUAAGGAGCCUCUGAAAUUGUUACAAGAUGUACCAACACGGUGGAAUUCCACUUUUUACAUGUUGGAAAGAAUCUUACAGAUGGAGGAAAUUGUUCGCUCAACAGUCGCACUUCUAAACAGUACUAAUUUACCCAUUAUAUCUGUUGAGGUGUGGCAGUUGCUAAGCGAUAUUAAAAAAGUCUUACAACCAAUGGAAGAAGUGACUAAAAUUAUUUCUGGUCAAAAAUAUGUUACAUUAUCAUCUGUAAUAAUUUUAACGAAUGGAAUUGAAAACACAUAUAAUGACAUGAAAAAAGAAAAAUUGUCACCCUUAAUACUAAACAUGAUCACUAAGUUUUUAAUUGGUAUUUCAGAGCGAUUACCUUUCCUAGAAAAUUCAAAGAGUUUGAUUGUGUCUACGUUUUUAGACCCGCGAUUUAAAAACUAUGGGUUUUGUAGUGAAAGUAAUGCAGAAAGGGCCAAAAAGCUCGUAAUUAAUUUAGUUGCCCACAAAAUCAACGAACUCUCUACUGCUCCUGAAUUAAUCAAUUCAGAUGACAAUAGAAAUGAGAAAACACUUUCGAUGAUGCCAUCAGUAUGGGGAUUUUUGGAUAAAAAACUUGUUUCCACAAAGAAAAGCUGCUCAGCUCCGGCCACGUCAAGAGCAAUAAUUGAGGUUCAGAGGUAUUUAGAAGAAGAUUUGAUUGACAGACAUGAGGACCCAUUGAAGUGGUGGCAAAGGUGUUCUUACAAUUUUCCAAAUUUGUCCAAAGUCGUUAUAGACAAAUUCGGAACAGUUGCAACCUCAGUUCCCUGUGAACGUGUCUUUUCCAAAUCUGGACAGCUUUUAUCAGAAAGACGAUCAAGACUUAGUUCUACAAAUGUUAAGAAUAUAAUGUUCCUAAAUGUAAAUAGUGAGUGUUAA